AUGUUAGAGAAGGCCUUGGAAUCGCGUUGGGAGCAUUGCGUGGGCUUGACGCAUGCGCGAUGGGCCGCGAUGUCUGUUUACCUCUCUCCUGAUUGUUUCACUCGGAAGAUGCAAGAUUCGAACGUUCCUCGACCUCACCCGCCGCGUUCGCAACUCAAGAUGCGGCAGUCUUCGCGCGUCGGAUAUUUCUAUCGCCCGUCAUGCCAUGCAGCCGCAUGGAAUCGUGACAUGAUCGUGUGCGGCGUCCUGAUGGACGUUCUCCGCCAAGGAGAACGUGCGGCUCUUAGCCGCAGCAUUUUUUCCCCUGCUUCUCUGCGCGGUGCACCUGUCUAUCCCGUGUAUCGGCCUUGCAAGAUUGGAGAUUCGGAUGCCUCGCGAGCGCGCGCUGGCCGCGUCCGCUGUAGUUAUGGCCCGUCUGUCAAAAUUCCUUCCCCUCGCGCUCUCGAACUCCUCCCCUCGCCAAGCGUUGCAUGCGAAAAUUAG